AUGGCCUUUUCUCCGCCAUCAGAGUUCCGCGUCCGACGUCGCCUCAUCGAGGCCGUUCACCGGCUUCACAGGAAGCUUUCCAGGGCCGAGUUUAGGGCCAAGUUUUCCGGUGGAGCGGGAGCGGGAGCCACCGAGGAGGGCAACAUGGGCACCGGGCAAGCGGAGGAGAAAAAGAGACAGACGGAAGGGGGCGAAUUGGCAGCACAAGCGGCGGAACGCUACCAAGGAGAAGGAUUCUACGAUGAGGCGACAACACACAGCAUGUCGACAGCGUCAGCGAGCGAAGAUCUGGAACGGAUGAUGCCUUCAGGGGGGAAGCGCGGCGGCCAGGGUACUUUCAGCAGAAUGAAGUCGGGGUGGAGGGCCGGCAUCGCGGUGAACAUCGUCAUCGGCUUCAUCAUCCUCAUUGUCGCCAUCGUCUGCCUGGUCCUGGCACUGGUAGUUGUCGGAAUGAUUCGGGGAGAGAGCAGAGUCUACGAAGGAUCUUGCUCCAAGGCAGAUGAGAUCAAGAUCGGACUCUCCGUGGCCAUCAACGUCAUCGUCAUCAUCCUUCUCGCGACAGCCAACUACGUUUUUCAAGUACUUAGCAGCCCGACACGCACCGAGGUCGAAAUGGCUCACGAGGAGCAUCGUUGGCUCCACAUUGGCGUUCCUUCCUUUAGGAAUCUGCGUUUCAUUUCCAAACCCAGGGUUGUCAUGGCGGUCAUGGUUAUGAUGGCGGCCGUCAGCACCCAAGUAAUAUAUAAUGCUGUAAUCUUUACAACAAUGCCGGGCUUCGCCCACCAAAUCCUUUUCGUUACCCCGAGCUUCCUUUCCUCCGGCCAGUUCAGCAAUGCGUCUGCGACGAACGCCGGCGGACUCUCGAGAUCCGACAUCCUCACCCUGCAGACCCAGGCAUCCCAGAACAACCUGACGAAUCUCACCAUUGCCGACUGCCUGAACGAAUUCGGAGGCGUGUACCAGGGUGACUUCAGCGCCGUAGUGCUAGUCACGGAUUCCGCCUCGACCAGCAACUCCCUCGUCCAGACGGCGAAAUCAGGCUCCUCGCUCACCCAGUUCGUUGACCCGACGAACCCUUCCUCCAUCAAGAUCAACGACACAACCGCCGAGUACUGCCUCGCCCGACCAGAGUCACGCGAAUCUUGCUCGGUAAUCCUCAACGGCUCCCUGCUUGGCGUCAUUGCAAUCCUGAACCUCGUCUCCGUUUCUGCCAUUGGCGCGGUGUACUUCUUCACCGGCUUCGAGCCUCUCGUGACGCUCGGCGAUGCACUCGCAUCCUUCAUUACCCACCCAGACCACACGACCAAAGCGUCCUGCCUCCUCGACAAGAAGGACGUCACCCAAGGCCGCUGGGGCUACAACGAAGCCAAGUACUGGACUUCCAAGGAACAUUUCUGGUUCCAGACCCCCAGCCUCUCCCUCUGGGCUGUCUGGUUCCUCACCUGGGCCGCGCCUACAGGCCUUGCCGCCGCGGCGCUGGCGAUUCCAUUGAGCAAAGAUACAUCAGCCAGUCUCAGCGCCUUCGGCCACGCCCCGGACCAUCAGUUGUACAUCUUACCCAACGGAGCGGCCCGCGCAGGCUUCGCCCUAGUCGCCGCUCUCCCCCACCUCCUCCUUGCCGUCCUCUAUCUUACCACCAACAUCCUCCUGUCCUCCUACUUCCUCUCGCACGAGCUGAGCCAAUACGCUCUCCCCGGCCUGACCCUCCCCCUCCGCGUCAGCUCCGGCCGACCCCUCGGCGCGCAAACAACGAGCCUCUACCUCACCCUCCCACGCCCCUUCUCCUGGCUCCUCCUCGUCCUCUUCGCCGCCGCAGGCUUCGUGCUCAGCCAAUCCGUCGUGAUGAUCUCCGUCGACUCCCUUCCCGCCGCCAAGGACGCAGACUUCCCUGCCCCCAUCAACGGCGUCGGCUUCAGCGGCGUCGGGCUCCUGGCCCUCCUCGCGCUCCUCGUCAUCAUCGCGGGCUUCGUCCUCGGUCUCGGCCUCCGCCGCGCGGAUCCCACGCCCACGCGCGUCGACGGCGAGCCGUCCGGCAACCCGCUCGUCCUCAAGGGAGGGAGCUGCUCCGCCGUCAUCAGCGCCAGGUGCCACCGCUCCCCGGGUGACGUUGGCGCCGCCUUCCGCGAGGUUGCCUGGGGCGUCGUCGCUGAGGGAGAGGGAACGAACGUCGGGCACGCCACGUUUUCGAGUUUGCCCGUCACCGUUCUCAAUCCUGUCAGGAGCUAUGCUUAA